GAGCCCGCCUUUUUGCCAUCGCUGCUGGCAGUGUGGGCUGCGCUGGGGCGCUGCGGUCCUCCAUCCAUGCAGGGCAGCACGAGGAGAACGGGCGUCAUGACUGACGUCCACCGGCGAUUCCUCCAGCUGCUGAUGACCCACGGCGUGCUGGAGGAGUGCGACGUCAGGCGCUUGCAGAAGCACUGCUAUCAGGUCCACGACCGCAAUGCUACCGUAGAGAAGUUGGAGGACUUCAUCAACAAUAUUAACAGCGUCUUGGAGUCCUUGUACAUCGAGAUAAAGAAAGGCGUCACCGAAGAUGAUGGGAGACCCAUUUACGCGCUGGUGAAUCUUGCAACAACUUCAAUUUCCAAAAUGGCCUCAGAUUUUGCAGAGAAUGAGCUGGAUCUGUUUAGAAAGGCUCUGGAACUGAUUAUUGACUCAGAAACUGGGUUUGCAUCUUCCACAAAUAUUUUGAACCUGGUCGAUCAGCUUAAAGGCAAGAAGAUGAGGAAGAAGGAUGCCGAGCACGUGCUGCAGAAGUUUGUGCAGAACAAAUGGCUGAUCGAGAAGGAAGGGGAGUUCACUCUGCACGGCCGGGCCAUCCUGGAGAUGGAGCAAUACAUCCGGGAGAUGUACCCCGACGCUGUGAAGGUCUGCAACAUCUGCCACGGCCUCCUCAUCCAGGGUCAAAGCUGCGAGACCUGUGGCAUCAGGAUGCACUUACCUUGUGUGGCCAAAUACUUCCAGUCCCAUUCAGAGCCGCGCUGCCCCCACUGUAAUGACUACUGGCCCCACGAGGUCCCAGACGUAUUCGACCCCGCGAAGAGGGAGGCUGCUGUCUCCAAAUCGAACAAAAGGUCCUUGAGGUCCAGGCAGCGCUAGCCGGCCGCCGCCCUCAGGGGAGUGACUGACGCACCCCGUUGGGAAGAGAGGCAUCCGUUUCAUGUUUUGUGCGAACCACCUCCUUCAGCUCCUUUAUCUUUUACGUUCGCUUGUUAACAGGUUUGGAAUAAACGUGCUGAGUGGUCA